AUGGCGAAGCUGCCAAAACCCCCGAUAUCGUUGCCAAAAAGGUCCCCAAUACCCACACGGACUGCACCUCCUCUACACUCGAGGAUAGCACCGCGAGCUGCUGCUCCACCAUCACAAACACCCGACCCUACACCACGAGAAGCAUGGCAGAAGGUCUGGUCUGCGAGGCCGAAGCUGGCGGAUCUGCAAAGACUGUCUGACGAGGAGAUGAGGUCAGCCCACCACCAGGCAAAGCUGCAGAGAUGGAGGCAAUGGCCCGUCUUUGGACUUGGUCUGGUCGCAUUUGGCAUGGGCAUGUACGGCGUCAUGCUCUAUGUGUCGCUAACGCGCGACGUGGAUUUCAAGGACCUGCCCGACGACCUGUCUGAUCGUUUUGACAAAGAAGCCGAGGGAUACGACGAAAAGGUCGACAUGUCCGAGACGCUGCUGUUGCUCACUUCCAAGCGCAAGAAGCUCACGCAAAAAGCAAAGGGACACGUACUGGAGGUGGCAGUGGGGACGGGCAGAAACAUCUCCUACUACAACACCAAGCAGUGCGCCACAGUCACACUGCUCGACUCCAGUGGGCCCAUGCUGGCAGUCGCAAAGCGCAAGUGGAACGACACGCACAAGGAGUACUUUAGCCGCGUCUUCUUCAAGCACCAGUCCGCCGUCGACCCCAUUGUGCCUCCCUACGGCGCCCAAGACGGCUACGACACGGUGAUACAGACCAUGGGCCUCUGCUCCACCCCUGAACCCGUCAAGCUGCUGCAGAAUAUCGAGGCAUGCACCAACGAGAACGGGCACAUCCUGCUUCUUGAACACGGCAAGUCGCAUUACGGGUGGCUAAAUGACCUGCUGGACAGGACAGCGCCCGCGCACGCCGACGAACACGGAUGUUGGUGGAACAAGGACAUUGGGGCCAUCGUCGAGGAGAGCGGCCUGGAGGUCGUGGACAUCAAGAGGUACAACUUUGGCACGACAUGGUGGUUAGAACUCAAGCCAAGGAAGGGGCUACGGAAAGCGCUGGCCGAGACUGUAGCAUCUGAACGGUUGCGUGUGCCGCAAGCCAACUCUCCGGUUGCACAAACAUCGUCGUGGUCGCUCUGGAGGUGA